AUGUGCUACGAAAAGCCAUUGGUCCCUGCUAUGGGCAAUCUUAGCAUGUUCCCACCAGAGAUCAUCUUCAAUAUCCUAGACGAAAUUUUGGGGAGCUCUCCCAGACUGACACACGGAAGCUUCCAUGCCAUUAACCAGCUGAUGAGAACUAACAAAACACUAGAACAAUGCAUCAAACUCGGAUGGAUGGGUAGCAAUAUAUCGAACAGUUUCAAGCAGCGCUUGAAUGCCGUCCAGUGGUACCCUAACAUCGACAGUGCGAAUACAGUUCUAACCCUCCAGGGCGUAGACCCCAAACACCCCAUGUCCAUCGCAGGUCCCCACGGCGGCCCUGAUCUCCUCACCGGCAUCAUUUUCGACGACUGCACCGAUUGCUUCGAGUGUUUCUCUGAGGUGCUGCCUCAUACCCAUAUGAGCUGUUGCAACGAGGGCGGUUGGUCAUUCCUUUCUCUGGCACUAUACGCUAAAGCUGAGAAGCUACUUGAUCUUUUCUUCCUUUCAGGCUUCCCUCACGAACCGAAGGAAUUUAUCAUCGGCGGUGCUAAUGCUAUGGGAACAGGACCGUCAAUCCUUGGGAUGUCUGCCUCAUCCAGGGAUCAUCGGUCUUUCGCCAAGCUCUUCAAGAAACUGAAGGAGGUCUUGAAUGGGCAUGGCUUCCAGAGGACUCUUAGAGAUAGACUCAACCCCAAGGAGCGAGCAGCUAUCAGAAGUGUUGCUCCUCAGUAUCUCCAGAAGAUGUUGUAUGAAGCUGGUCUAGCCGCUAUGCAUCCAGCUCUUCGUUAUAGUCCAUACUACUCUGGUAAGCGCACCGAGAUGUACUAG